UAGCCAAUCAGCGAUACGCGGACCCGUUCGCGUUGUUGAUGUGGUGCGUAUCUGCUAAUCCAUUGUUAGGGAAGGCUUGCGUAUGGAACGUAGAGCUAUCGUCGAUUCCCAAUUAGUUUUCCAAUGAAGUUCCCCAUAAUUAUGCGAGCAACCCAUUGGUGACAGUAAGAAAAGCUUAGCCUAUGUCAGCUGGACCCGUCACGGUUGUUCGCUCGCUGCACAAGAUGGAUAACUUACAAGAGUUAUUUACUUACCAAACGGCUCCAGCCAGUUGUGCCAGUGUGCAGUCUUCUGGAAGCCAGACAAUACCAGCCGGCCCUACACAGUUGCAGGUGCAGGUUCAACAAGUUCAACAACAGACAACGCAGCCUUUUGCAAAUUUGGCCACCUGUAGCUCAUCUCCUUGCAACUCGAAGGAGUCGAUCAUUUACGCCACAGCGUCUCCAACAACCACAACGAGUAGCAACGCAAUCCAACAGCAGAACCACGUCAAUGUCCAGCAUUUCAACUAUGACCCUAAUACUCAAUGGAUUUCGAUGCCAGUCAUACCGGCCGCACAAACGCAACAGGCCGCUCAUAUCCAACAGGUACAGCAUACUCAGCAUGUGGGUCAGCCCACACAGACAAUUCAAAUUCAAGCAGCUAGCUCGGCUACAGUACAGAGCCUCAAUGGCGUGCAUGGAGUCAACGUACAGCGUGCUCAAACUGUUGCCACGUAUCAACAGCCAUCAGGGGAGACAAUUAACGUUGCCAUAAUUCAGCCGUUGUUCAUUGUGAAUGAUCAACCAGGCCUUAUACAGCAGCUGGAACCUUUGCCCGCAACGACGGCAACUCUUGCCACAGCUACACCUGGUGUAACAGCAACGAUUGCAGCCACUCCCAUCUCUCAGCCACUUCAGCAUCAGGUGCAAGCCACAAUUUCGCAUACGACUGGCGCGACGGCGCCCAUAGAUACUAUGAUCUUUCCGACACCCCCUCCAACAGCUGCACUAAUGGUAACAACUGAGCCCGCAAUGGUAGUACAGCCUCCGCCAGCUACAGCGAUUCUGGCGGUUGAAAAGCCCAAAAGAAAACCAAGACGCCCGCCCGAGCUAAUCAAAGCGCAACGCGAAGAGUACGAACGUCAGAAAAUCGAACGGCAUUCCGUAAAACCGCCAUGCAACUGCAAGUUUCGCUGUUUUGAAAAACUGUCUGAAGCGAGGCGCAUCGAGAUUAAUCGUCAGUAUUGGCAACUACCUUAUGAUAAGCAGCGAGACUUUAUUCUGCAUUCUGUUGAGAUCCUUGAUGUGAAACGGCGGAAAAAACGUAAGCCUAAAAUCAGCCAAUCAGACCCCCAGCUGAAAGAUUCAGGUACGGAAGAAGCAAGUAAUAUGAAGGUUGCCAAGUCUGGGGACGUUUUCAAAAAUAAGGCCGGAGAAUCUUCAGAAGUUAAAAAAGACAUGGAGUUUGUAUAUGUCCGAGUGGGCGAAGAUGGAACCCUCAAAGCUGUGGAGUUACAAAGGUCAGUAUCUCCACAUCAAGCAGCGGAAAUAGCAACAACAACAACGACUACGACAACAACAACAAAGCCAAUCGAACCGGUGACCGUUGCAACUGGAAAAAAACUGCUCCGUCGUAACAUUUCGUCCCACGAGGUUGGAAGUGACGGCGGUAUCGACGAUGAUUUGAAAGACGCACUUAUUGACCUUCCCGAUACCAAUGCGUGCAGUCAGGAUUUGUCACAAGGCAAAAAAUUUCGACGUGGAUGGACGCGCGUAUACUCGCUGAAGGGUGACAAUGGCAAGUUUCUUACCGUAUGUAAGGCAAUGUUCUUAACUACACUUGGCUUCCCUGAAAAAGUAGAUGGCGCGUUAAGAUUCCUGAAUAAACAACAGAAAGGUGAUAUUCGCGCGAGAAGUCCUCAGCGUGGAAAGGCAACUCCAAUGAAGGGUGCCACAGCGAAAAUCGAUAGAGAAAUAAUCAAAAAUCAUAUACUGUCAUAUAAGCCUAUUGUAGUUGGUCGGAAGAAAGGGCAAAUCCGUUAUCUGCCUGGUAACAUGUCGAUUAAGAAAAUGCACACGGACUUCAAAAUGAAAUACACAGAACGAAAUGUGAGCUAUACCAUUUAUUCCGAGGUGUUUCGUAGUUUGAAUAUAAUGUUCAGAAAGGAUGCAAAAAUAUCCUAGAAUAGUACUACCUCGUAUUUACACAUGUGCACCUAAUUGGUGAAUUAUAAAAUUAUUUAAGCCCGAUAUCAUGAUGGAUACGCCCCCAACUUUGGGAACUAUGGAUGUGCAAGAAGUUAAACGCGCCUCUUGACACUCACUGUACACACAUUAGCGCAAAUACAACUUUAUGGACAACAAUAUGUACACACUUGAAUUACUGCCUAACGUGUAUAUUCACACCGGUUGAUCUCAAAAAUGUGCCUGCAUUUGUGAGCUCAAAACCUGUUUUACGUCUAACAGAAAUCCAUAUUGUUGACUUGUCUGUCGCUUUCAAAAAAUAUUGAAGGGGUAAUGUAUUACAUUAAAAUAGGAAUGGUAAUUUUACUGAAAACGCGUAUAUCUUACAAAAUAAAAGCAUACCUCGUUGUGAUUUUAUUAUAGUUUUCUCCGAAAAAUUAACAGGUAUAGUUAGUCAAAGUUAAUGAGUAUUGAUCCUACUCAAUAAUUAAUCAGAAAGAUUGUUAGCAGCAAUUGAUGGUAAUCGGCGAUAAGCUUAUGAUAUUAUGUUCCAAUUAUAUGAGAAAUAUAUCCCUUAAGUAAGCCAUAAAGGACAACGGGUAUUUCCAUAGUUAACAGCAUCGUGAGUUAUAAAUGUAUAAUGAGUUAAGCUGUUUUAAAGUCUCAUUGAAGUUGCAGACCUCAGCCAGAUGAAUAAUUUUUCUUCAAGAUCAAACGAUUCCUCAACUUCGCAAUAUUUUUAAGGAUACAGGUUCUUGCAAACUAUUUUUGCUUAGAAUACUGAAUUAUGAUAAUCGUUAUCCGAAAUGUGAUUGCAACCGCGGGUACAGCAAGAACAUCUCAAGACUGAAAAACGUCGAAAUACUUAUGCGUCAUGACAGUUGGCAAACUUGUAUUUGCAUAGAGCGCCCCCUUAAGAAAGAAUUCAUUCAGAAUGUAAUGUAUUGAUAAUAUCAACCGAUACUUACUUUUUAGCUAAUUUCGAAACAGGCGUGUUUAUUUUCAUAUACUGACCUAGUGGAGUCAGAGAUGUUUCUUAGUAUCGCACUGAACUCUUAGUUCUUAGUAUCGCGCCACUCUUUUUAAUAGCAGAUUUGGUUCUAAGCCUGAUAAGGCCCCGUAUGUAUUAUAUAUGUCUGUGUGAAAGAUCUUUGUAAAUAUAACAAAACUUAUUAGCGUUUCAGAAAUGACCACUCUUGACUCUAUUAGUAAUCUGUUGUUAUGGUGAAUGGCAACAAUACUGCACAAAAAGCCGUUCUAUGCCCCUAUGUUGUAA